AUGCGUUUCACUCCGGUCGUCAUUGCCAGCAUCCUGGCCGCUGUUGUUCAUGCCCAGGACGCCACCACCAGUGCUGAGAGCGCUGCUGCUACCUCUGGCCUCACGGCCGAGCAGCAGAAGUGUAUCAACAGCUGUCCUGCUACCGAUGUGAACUGCCUCGCUCACUGCACUCCCGUCCCGAGCCCCAACGAAGACAACCUUAACAAGCUCCAUGAUUGCGCUGCCAAGUGUGACCAGGGCGACGGAAGCGAGAGCGCCACCCUUGCCUACAGCAACUGCCUCCAGAAGUGUGUUCUUGAGAACUACUACGAUCCCGAGAUCGGCACUCCCAACCAGGCUGGUGCGGGAUCCAGCUCCGGCUCCGGCUCCAGCUCGGGCUCUGGUUCGGGUUCAAGCGACAACUCGAAUGGUGACAGUUCGGAAUCUGGCUCCGCCACCGGAACUGGUUCCUCGGCCUCUGCCACCGAGUCGCCCGGCGCCGCUUCCGGCCUUGCCGUUUCCUCCUCGCUUGGCCUCUUCGGUCUUCUGGCUGCCGCCCUGACGCUCUAA